GCGUGUGCUUCAUUCACUCCAUUAUCAAGGUACAACUGACCGGGUCGGGUUUGAGCUGAUGUAUGCCAUAGUACUACAUGUGUUCAUAAUAGACUUAUUACUCUAUAACUCGGUAAGAAUGGAGGACCUCCAAAAGCAAGAAAACGGCGGUGUUGAAGCAGAGGUGAGGACCAGGGAAGGGGAGCCUGCUGAGGUGGAGGAAGUUGGUGACGAGAAUAAGCAACGAGGCAACUGGUCGCAUCCCUUGGACUUCGUGUUGUCCUGCCUUGGGUUGGCGGUGGGUCUGGGAAACGUGUGGCGGUUCCCGUUUCUGUGCUACAGAAAUGGGGGCGGAGCAUUCCUGAUUCCGUAUUUCCUGAGUCUUGCUUUUGCUGGCAUGCCCCUGGUCUUCAUGGAGAUUAAUUUCGGCCAGUAUUGCAGCUUGGGCCUGAUGACCUGCUGGCGAGCCCUGCCCAUUCUCAAAGGUCUGAGUUACGGGCAAUUCCUUGUGUGUUUCUAUCUGACUAUCAGUUACGGUGUCGUCAUCACCUACACUUUCUAUUAUUUCUUCAUCUCCUUCACAUCCUCCCUGCCUUGGAUUGGCUGCGGCAAGCCCUGGAACACACCUAUGUGCAGUGACCUUGUUGUAAACUGCUUGAGUGCAGGAGGCGUGAUCACUUCUGACAAUGACUGCCUGCCGUUAACGAACCUCACUGACAAUGAACUGGCUGAUUUAAACAUCACAGUCUUGGACUCCGGAAACUUCAGCUUAACUAAAUACACCGACCCAUUGAAAGCCAUGCGCAAAUCACCCAGCGAGGAGUAUUGGAUAAGAGCAGUUGUCCAGGAAUCGGCCAGUAUGAACGAAACAGGUUCCAUCAUUUGGCAGCUGCUACUGUGCCUCAUGAUCUCCUACUUGGUUGUGUUUUUAUGCCAAGUCAAGGGUAUUAAAUCCAUAGGAAAGGUGGUUUAUUUCACUGCAACCUUUCCGUACGUAGUGCUGGUCAUCUUGUUGGUCCGUGGCCUGACUUUACCUGGAUCAGAGAAAGGGGUGUAUUUCUUCAUCACUCCUCAUUGGGAGUACAUUAUUAAGCCCAAGGUUUGGCUGGAUGCAGUGGUGCAAAUCUUCUAUUCUCUCAGUGUUGGUACCGGCGGUUUGCAUACCUUGGCGUCCUACAACAAGUUCCAUAACAACUCCUACAGGGACACCAUGAUUGUGACUCUCCUUAACUCAGCCACCAGUCUCCUGGCAGGUUUUGCUAUCUUCUCCAUCCUGGGCUACAUGGCUCACGUCCAGGGGAAAGAAGUCUCGGAGGUUGCCAGGCAAGGGUUUGGCCUUGCGUUUGUCGCCUACCCAGAGGCCGUAUCCAGAAUGCCAGCUGCACCAUUGUGGUCCAUUAUGUUCUUCUUUAUGCUCAUCACGCUGGGUCUGGACAGCCAGUUUGUAGGCGUGGAAAGAUUAACAACGGGCCUGGUCGAUGAAUUCCCCAACAUCUUCCCACCACACCGCAAGACGUACGUCACCCUGGGAAUGUGCCUGGUGCUUUUCUUGUGCAGUUUGAGCUGCAUAACACAAACUGGACCCUACUGGAUGUCUCUCCUGGACAACUACGGUGCCAACUUCGCCAUGGUGCUCUUUGCGUUCCUCAUCACCGCGGGUCUCAGCUGGGGCUACGGCGUCCGUCGCUUCAUGAACGACAUCCGCACCAUGAUCGGGGACCGCUUCGUGGAUGCACUGCACUUCAAGUGGUGGCUGCUCAACUGGGUGUUUUUGACACCAGCGUCAAUGGCAAUUGUGUUGGUCUUCAACUGGGUCAGCUGGACGGAGCCAGAAUACAAUGGGGAGUAUCCACCGUGGGCCAAGGCGAUAGGCUGGAUCAUCAUGAUCACAACUCUUGUUGGUAUCCCCGGACGAGUGGUCUUUGAUCUUCUCAGGGAGAAAGGCAGUCUCAUGGAUCGCCUGCGCAUCAUCACCUCACCCCUGGAUUCCUGGGGACCAGCUUUGACUCAGCACCGUGAAGAGGCAGCGGACGUGCACCGUCGGCACGGUACCACCAUGGGAGGAGUGGUGCGUCCGGACGAUAUGCUAGAAAUGAACGCAAACCCACGGAUCAGCAAGUAUGCUGCCCUCAACAAGGAGGAACUAGAAGCCACAGUCUGAAAAAAACAUAUACAGGCUAUUUCAGCGAAAAUCUAUAUUUCUGAUAUGCCACCAAAAUCAUACACGUCACAUAUAGUGCGAAUUUUAGUAACCCUGUUGGUCAGAGGAUCAUGCAUACGUACUAACUGCGCGUCAGCGUGAUAGUAUGCAGUGAUUCAAUCUCAGUCCAUCAGCUUGGGGGUUUGGUCGGUAUCAAAUGUGGGGGAUAAUGGUCAUUGUGAUUUUUGGCAAGGUAUGCACCCCGGUAGUUGGAAAAUGUGUGAGAGCAUUUCAGCGGUAGCAGCUUUUUGGGUGCUAUCACUUUUUUUUCAAAAAAAUGGCCCAAUUGCUUGUUACAACAUAUAAUUAAUGAGGUUCAAGCAUAUUGGCGGCCAUUUUGAAAAAUAAAAUAAAAGCGUUAACGCCUAAAAAAUGCCACCGCUCACACUGCAAAGCUAUCACACAUUCCCCAAUUUUAGAAGUGAAUACCUUGCCAUAUAUCGCUAUGAACAUUGUUCUUUUUCGAUCAUUUGAUACCGGUGGCCCAAUUUUUGGACCGAAGCU